AUGUAUGACAAAAAACGAAGCAUUCAAGUUGUCAAGAUUCAUUUGAUGUUAAAAGGAAUCUCGCCUUCUUACAAGACUUGGGUGCAACAUGGAGAAUUCGUUCACGUGCAUCAAUCUUGUGUUUCAAAUGAUGCUAACUGUGACAAUGGUGGAGGUGUUGAGGAUAGAAUGGCUGGGGAUGGCACCGAUGAUAGGGACGAAUUGUCUAAUAUGCUGGAAGCUGUUUACAUGGGCGCUUUCAUGAAUGACGAUAUUGACAAAUUGCCUAAUAACUUGGGGAGGGAGGAUGCACAGAAUUUUGAUAAGUUGUUCGAUGAUGCUCAACGACCCGUUUAUCCUAGUUGCAAAACUUUUAUAGUAUUAUCAUUUGUUAUUAAGAUGCUUCAUAUUAAGGUGGACAACCAGUGGAGCAACUCCUCUUUUGAUAUGAACAUGAAGGAGAAUGUGAACCUGGAGAAAUGCCCUAUAUGUGAUGAGCCUAGAUAUAAGCUGAAUGAUGGUAAUAGUAAGAAGAUCCCUCAUAAAAUUUUGUGGUACUUUUCUCUGACACCGAGAUUGAAGCGCUUAUUUUUGUCCCCGAAAAUAGCUGUAGAUAUGAGAUGGCACAAGGAGAAGCGAGUGGAUGACGAAACAUCAAGACAUCCGGCUGAUGGGGAGGAAUGGAAGAACUUUGAUCGGCAACAUCCUGAGUUUUCCAAGGAUCUGCGGAAUGUGAGGUUAGGGCUAGCCACCGAUGGUUUCAAUCCUUUUGGAAAUAUGAGCACAUCAUACAGUAUGUGGCCCGUUAUCGUGAUGCCUUAUAAUCUUCCACCUUGGAAGUAUAUAAAAAAGCAAUUUUGUAUGCUGUCAUUGCUUAUUCCCGAAAAAAUGGCUCCCGGUAAAGAAAUAGAUGUUUACUUGAGGCCAUUAAUUGAUGAGUUGAAAGAGCUUUGGAAGAAUGGUGUGCAAACUUAUGAUGCCUCUAGUGGAAGUACAUUUAGAAUGCAUGCUGCUCUCAAGUGGACCAUUAAUGACUUUCCUGCAUAUGGUAACAUGUCUGGAUGGCCAACAAAAGGUUAUUUGGCUUGUCUCAUUUGUAACAAAGAUGCUUCAUCAGAACGUUUGAGGAGUAAGAUUGGUUAUAUGGGUGUGAGGCGUUUCUUGCCUGAGAACCACAUAUGGCGAAAGAGCAAGCUCUUUAAUGGUAAAAGUGAGGAUAGGUCAAGGCCACGAGAGUUCACGGGAGAAGAGAUCUUGGAGCAAAUUAAUUCAGGGACAUACAAGCCAUUGGGCAAGCAUCCAAGCAUUAAUAAGAAAAGAAAAAGGGGCAAAGAUGAUGACACGAUUUGA